CGGCAGGUGGGAUCUUCCCGGACCAGGGCUCAAACCCGUGUCCCCCGCGUUGGCAGGCGCAUUCUUAACCACUGUGCCACCAGGGAAGCCCAACAUACUUAGAUCUUGGUUUGCUUAAAUAGGCCACCACAGCAUUAGAGCCUCAUCGAUCUAAUGGCUUCCUUGUUUAAUUAAUUUAACACAACGCAAUUUUUCUCGUUGUAGGAAAGUCAGUUGUCUGCUAUAUGCAUUGGGGUUCAGUAGAGCCUUUUUUGUUUGUUUGUUUUUGGUGACAUGUCUGGCUUUGUGCAUCACCAUAUGAUCUUAUUUUCUACUAGGAAGCUUUUCAUACAUUUGAGUCCAAAUGAGGUCACUGAGUGAGCAUCCAUAGAGUCAAGAGUGAGAGAGUUUCCAGGGAAGUAUUCUAGGCCUCUUUAGGUCUGAUCUGCUUCAUGGUUUCUUAUUCAUGGUUUUACGUGUCCAUUACAGUUCCACUACCUGAUAAGGAGCCCAAGGCAAAUCAAUCAGGAAAUUCAAGUGUUCUUUUUUGUAAUAUUAAUCUCAGUUGACAUUAAUUAUGCUCAACGUUGUACCAAUUGCUUUUUGUAAUUAUUUAAGCCUCGCAGUAACUCCAGUGGAUUACAUACUACUGUCUCUAUUAUCAGAUGAUACAGAAAGGUUAAGUAAUCUACGCAGUAUCGCACAGUUACUUUGUAGCAAAAGCAGGAUGAGAAUCCGGAAAUGCUAACUCCAAAGGACUCACUCUGAGAAGCAGAACACUUGACUGGGCCUCAGCACCAGCUCACACCAUGUGGACCGCGGAUGAGAUUGCGCGGCUCUGUUAUGAGCACUAUGGGAGCAGGCUGCCCAAGCAAGGGAAGCCUGAGCCCAACCGCGAGUGGACGUUGCUGGCAGCCGUGGUGAAGAUACAACCUACAGCUGACCAGGCCUGCGACCGCCCUGACAGACCGGUGCAAGGAGACAUCCUCAAUGAUAGCCAUGCUGAGGUCAUAGCCAGAAGGAGCUUCCAAAGGUACCUUCUCCAUCAGCUCCACUUGGCAGCCACCCUGAAGGAGGAAUCCAUCUUUGUCCCAGGAACUCAGAGAGGACUGUGGAAACUCAGACCAGACCUCUUGUUUGUGUUUUUCUCCAGCCAUACACCCUGUGGGGAUGCCUCCAUCAUUCCAAUGCUUGAGUUUGAAGAUCAGCCUUGCUGUCCUGUCAGUAGAGAUUGGGCCAAUAAUCCAUCAGUAGAAGCUAGUGGUAACCUAGAAGCUCCUGAAGAUAAAAGGAAAUGUGAAGACUCAGAUAGUCCUGUGACCAAAAAGAUGAGGCUUGAGCCCAGGACUCCUGAUGGUAUGGCUCACCAUCAGAGUUUUGGCAACCAGGAAAGUGGCCCUAAUUCACCAGAUGUCAGCAGCUCUAAUCUCACUGCAGAGGAACUAGCCACUGUCACUGGAAUGGCCCCCGGUGGCGCCAAAGUGGUGGACGUUUAUAGAACUGGAGCCAAGUGUGUGCCUGGAGAAGCUGGAGACUCAGGGAAGCCUGGUGCUGCCUAUCACCGGGUGGGGCUGCUCCGAGUGAAGCCAGGCCGGGGGGACAGGACUUGCUCCAUGUCCUGCAGUGACAAGCUGGCACGGUGGAACGUCCUCGGAUGCCAGGGGGCACUGUUGAUGCACUUCCUAGAAGAGCCCAUCUACCUGUCAGCUGUGGUCAUUGGGAAGUGCCCAUACAGCCAGGAGGCCAUGCAGAGAGCACUGAUUGGGAGGUGUCAGAAUGUCUCAGCUUUACCUGAAGGCUUUGGAGUUCAAGAAGUGAAACUACAGCAGUCAGAUUUACUAUUUGAACAGAGCCGCUGUGCAGUAGAGGCAAAAAAGGCUGAGAACCAAGGCCGACUUGUUCCUUGUGGGGCAGCCAUCGGCUGGAGUGCAGUUCCUGAGCAGCCACUGGAUGUCACCGCCAAUGGCUUUCCGCAGGGAACAACAAAGAAAGGAAUCGGACGCCUUCAAGCCAGAUCCCGAAUCAGCAAAGUAGAGCUCUUUAGAUCAUUCCAGAAGCUGCUAAGCAGUAUUUCAGAGGACAAGUGGCCAGACUCCCUCAGAUAUGUGUAUGAUCUGAGCCGUGGGAGAUGGGUAGUUGGUAAUACAGAGUCACACGAGCCUAAGGGCAGAAUUGGGGCCUGGGCCAUUACAGGCCCUCCUCUUGUUCCACCUCCAGAUGGACAGCAUUGUGGAAAUGUGAGUGCUUGGGGAGCAAUAGAUUCUGUUGGGAAUAUCAUUCUCUUCUCUUUUUCUUUUGUUCACAUCACUGCUUGUGAACGGAAGCUCGAAGACUUAAAUUACUUUCCAAACAGGAAUGUAGAGAACUAUAAAACCACUGCUGGGGCAGGUGGGUGGGUGGAAUUCAGAUACUAACUACCCAGGGUUAGGCCAAAUUUCACAGGGUAGGGGCACAGUCCCCACAAACUGACCUCACUUCAGGACACCAGCCACAGCCACAUACUGGGGUGGGGGGGGGCAAAGCCACUUACACUUCUGACCAACUGACUACAAACUCAGGUUCCUACUUACCCCUCAGGUUCAGUAAUUCACUAGAAAAACGCACAGAAUUCAGGAAAGCACCAUACUUACAAUUACCUUUUAUUAUGAAGGAUACAAAUAAGGACCAGAUGAAAGAAGAGCCACAUAGGGCAAGGUCUCCAAGGGUCCCCAACCUGACACUUCUGUGUCCCCAGGAUGCAUCACCCUCCCAGCAUGUCACUGUCUGUCACCAACCAGGAAGCUGACCUGAGCUUCAGUGCUCAGCAUGUUUAGUGUCGUUUCAUCAAUAAGCAUGAUUAAUAGAAUUGUUGGCCACAUGAUGUGGUUGAACUCAGUCUCCACCUUCCAGUAUUCCCACCUCAGGAGGUCAGACUGAUAUCAGAUGGCUCAAAGCCCCAACUUUCUAAACUCAUGGUUGGUCUUUCUGGCAUGGCCAGCCCAUCCUGAAACUAUCUAGGGCCCACCAUGAGUCAUCUCGUUAAGCAAAAACUUAGGUGUGAUCUGAGGGGUCCACCAUGAAUAACAAAGACAUUCCUAUCGUUAGGGGAAUUCUAAGGGCUUAGAGGCUCCCUGCCAGGAACUGACAACAAAGAUCAGCCAAAUUCUUUUUUAUACAACAGUGGGGAAGCGAAGGCGUAGCUAUAUAUGCUUCCAUAUGAAGAGGCUACCACCUGUUUUCACCAUCAUGCAUCCUACAGUCAGUAUUGAUGCCCUCCCGUCAUCCAUGGUCAGUUUGCUUGUUUCUUGUCUGGAAGAAUGAAUCAGACUGGAACUGGGUGGGUUUCCAUACAUUCUGUGACUUAAAAACAAAUCUGGACUUAGGUAAGGAGAGACUUCAUUCAAAAGGAUUAUUGUAAUAAGAGAAAGGGCCUGUUACAAUAGGAGGAGGACUAACGCAAUAGCAAGGACACUGCAAUCUUAAGAUCUGUAAGCCUCUCGAAGAGCAGGUGCAAAGGAAUUUUCUUUUAUACGGAGAGAGAAGCAAAGUUAGACAGAGCUGGGAAUGGGGGAGUAGGACGAGCCGGUAGUGUGAUGGAACAAUUGAACAGGAAGUGUUGAUUCUCAGGAGGGGCUGUUAAAAGAAGGGCUUGUUACACAUGCUGAUGCUGGCUCAGGCUGAAAGUGGCUCAAAGUUCGGGGGUCUGGGGGAAGGAGAGAAGCAUAACUAAUAUUUGGUCAAAUUAGCAGGCAUGUGGUCGAGAUUUUGUCAGUGGGUACAAACAGUUCAGCUAAUCGUUAUGAGGCAAAGAAUGGGGUCUGUGUCUGGCCUUGUUAGAGGUAAACCAGGGGGGCAUUCAUGAGUCUGUCUAAGCCAUGAAGAAGGGUGGUUCUUUGCAGUCAGCCACUUCCCACAACACAGAAGUGUGGGAGGGAGAUUUUUUAACCAUAGCUUGUUUGGGGAACUAAGGGCUCAGGUAAAGUUUAACAUUGUCAUGUGUGUGGUUCCCAUCCAUUAACCACCAAAAAGCUAUGGGAAAUUGAUCAAACAACGAAAAUCAGUGUUUGCUACCAUUAGCAGCUUUAAUCUUUGCUGAAGUGAGUGAAGAAACAACUUGGGUCUCCUCAGAUCUUGGCAAAGAACGAAAGAGUAGAAGCAGGAUAAAACCUGAAUCAAUGAGACAUGAGGCUCAGUUUCUUCAGCUAUGAGAUGGCAAGGACAGAGCUCAAGGUCGGGGCUGAAUCGAGAAUAGGGCUCAGAGGAGCCUGACUCAAGUUUGAUCAAAGGAAAGAAUCUUUGUCACAAGAAAAUCUUUUGAUCUGGGAGUGAGUAUUAUAGAUAUUAUUCAGCACGUCAGCCAUUCUUCAGCAGUCAGAGACGCUAAGGGAUUUGGGAAGGGGUGUUGGCUGGCAGUACAUAGGAGAAUAUGAUUAAGAUGGAAAGUGCUUUGGGAAAAUGCAGUUGAGAAAUUUCUAACAGCUAGAUCCUUAUGGUGGAAAUUAUAGACACAUAGAAAAUUUUAAACCAAGUAGUAGAUAGAGUUAUUCUUGUUUUAUCUGAUUCUACCAGGACCAGACAAAACUAGCAUUCUGUUUAUUCUUACCUGUUUUAAUCCAUGCUGUUUUCUAGUGAAUUCCCUACAAAGGAGGUAAGAGUCAGCAUAGGACAGCAUAACAAAAUCUUCCUGCUUCCUAAGUCUCUUGUAAUAAAUCUGUCCAGCCUAUUGCUGAGGUGUCUUGCUGGCCACGGUGGUGAGCUGUCCAGUGAGAACUUGUGUGCUUGGUGGUGUGUGUGCAUUAGGGUGCAGAAGCUAGUGACGUACCAUGAGUACAAGGAGGCCGCAUCCACUUAUCAGCAGGCCUGGAGCGCACUCCGAAAGCAGGCAUUUGGAUCCUGGAUCAGAAACCCACCGGAUU